UUAGACAUUCAUAGAAUGAACAAGGAGGUUAAAGAUAAUCAGGAAAUGAAAUCAAGGAUUUUGAAUAUUUUGAUCGAUGCCUGUGUUUUAGACUCGGAUUCAGGACUCCUCCAACAGGCUUGUGACAUCACGGGGGGACUGUACUUGAAGGUGCCUCAGAUGCCGUCCCUUCUGCAGUAUUUACUGUGGGUUUUUCUUCCUGAUCAAGAUCAAAGAUCUCAGUUAAUCCUCCCACCCCCCGUUCAUGUGGACUACCGGGCAGCUUGCUUCUGCCAUCGAAAUCUCAUUGAAAUUGGCUAUGUCUGUUCUGUGUGCUUGUCAAUAUUCUGCAGUUUCAGUCCUAUCUGUACCACGUGCGAGACAGCCUUUAAGAUUUCUCUGCCUCCUGUGCUGAAGGCCAAGAAAAAGAAACUGAAAGUGUCCAUGUGAUCAUACGAUCCCCCCAGUCUUUUAGAGCCUAUUAAUAGAAAUUGUAUGGUGGAAUGUUAGGAGGCCCUGAAAAAAAUACAGUGCAUGUGGGAUAAUUUUGAAUGAAGUUCCUUACAGGAAAGACUUCUAGACCAUUAUCCUCAUGCUGUGCUUUUGGGAGACUGCUUUAUUUGAGGGGGUCAUUCUAUGCAAUCUUUUCUGACUGGUUUUUGUCCACAGAGGGAGAAGAAAGCACAAAUUAGUUAGUGACUUUUUUUUUUUUAAUGAGAUGCUCAUUUUGCCAGUCAGCCUGGCCUGACUCAUUGUAGGCUUUUGACUUUGUAGCUGAGUCUGGGUUCUGCCUGUGAAAUGUACAACCGGUGAAAUUUGAGUGCAGUUUUGGAAAAAGCAACCACGCAGUAAUGGCAUUAAUCCACAUAGACCAUCUUCCUUGAAUCAACAGCUGACUUUGACGAUAGUCCUGUAAAUAUAAUGCUUAUUGUCUAAGUUGAGAUUUAGCUUCGGAUACUAGCAGAUAGUUUUACUUUUGUCGGACAUCACUGCGCAUUCGGACGUAGUCAUCCACAUAAUAACUGUCUGUUGCUGCAUAAGUACAAAGUCUGAUCUUGAGUGAGGAGAGAGGGUGCAGUACUCUGGCAACGACUUUCUCUUCAGAGAUAGUUGGGUGAAGAGCUUAUGUGUGAAAGCCGGUGUCUGGGUUUGGAGGGGGAAUUUCUUGGUGGAGAAUGGAUUCUUUUUUUUUUUAAAGAUUUUUUUUUUUUUUUAAAGCUUUUAUUUAUUUGACAGAGAGAGAAACAGUGAG